AUUUUGCUAUCAACACACGUACAGCGAGAACAGUGAUUUCAUAAUUGAUAUUUCUUUUAUCAUGUGUUUAAAUACCUCAAUGUGCAGUUAAUACGCGCAUAGACAUGCUUUUUACGCGCCUGUGAGAGUGUCUUUAAAUGCCGUUAUCACGAUGGGCGUUCGAGAAUCAUUAUUUCUUUCAACUUUAUUUCUAAUUUAUUUAAACGCUGAAUACGCGCUAGCUUUCCAAAAUUGUCCAGCAUCGGUAUCGACCGUUUCCUACACCACGUGUCCAAGGACGGCGAAUGAGUGGAGAGCGGCCGCUAAAAAGAAAAACUGCUCAAGCAUCCCACAAACUUGUACUAGUCCUGAAAAUUUCAAGUACCACUGUGUUACAAAUGCCUUCAGGAAUGAGACCAUUGAAGUCUGCGCUCCUGGUAUAUUCCUGUUAGGAUUUUGUCCGGAAUACAACUUCCGGGGCGAACGAAUACAAGACAACUAUGAUGCAGAUUGCAAACAGUUCACUAAGCCCUGUCCUAGCAGAUUCGAAUCUUGGAAGUCCUACCAAUUUCCUGAUUGCACUUUAAUUAACGAUACAAAUCCCCGAGAUUCCAAACUAGAAUCGCGACCACAAGAUUUGAAGAUGAAUACUACAUCAGAUGCACCAGGGACUCAUCUCGAGAAAGCAAAGCAAUCAACUGAGAUUAUAAUCUUGGUUAUAAGUUUUGGGACCAUUUCCAUCGUUAUAUUUGGCAUCGUUGUGUUAGUUAUCAGACGUAAACAAAAACGAAAAUUGGCUGAUACGGGUACCAACAGUCGGUCUUGCACUACUUCUCUGUGGCAACCGUCUUCCGAGUCAGAAAUGGAAGCACUGAACCAAAACAAUGGUGUAUGAGGGCUGAUUCGUAACUGCUUUUGAAAUUCGUCUCAUUAUCAUGGGCAUCGAGAAGCCUUUGUUUGACCCUGAAGAUAUAUGAUAAUAUCUGAUUCAUCAUCGUGAUAUUUGGGAGCUAUACAAACAGGGUUCAUCAGUGAAAUUCUAUGGACUGGUUUCUGCCAUUUUAAGAAAAUUCUUCUAACGAAAUGAGGAUUUUUUUUUUUCAAAAUGGCAAUAUGAACGAAUACAAGACAGAACAUCAAUGGAAAUCAGUUGUUUUCCUGUGCAGGAACACAGUAAUUUUUAAACUGAUAUUCACUAAACAGGCAAAUGUGCCUCAUAUGAAUUUCAUGUGAAUUGCUGUUUACUUGAAAUUUACGUGAUUUUGACAUUCAAAAACUCACACAAUUUCCAUUUAAAUGACGAUAGUUAUUUUAGUUUAUUCUACUAGGGAACCUAGCUAAAUUCAAAACGUUAUUUAGAUGUUAUUUGGCUAUAUUUAUUCACACAUAUCAUUUUUUACUAUCUUCAUGAUAAAUAUAAUGGAUUUGCUAUGAUAUUGUAAAUUAUUAAAUGUUGCUACUUGUCAA